CCCCGUCAUGUCCAACAAAUUGGCCCAGCUCGGUCUGCAAAAGCGUCAGCUCCCCUCGAAGGAGAGCUCGCUGUUCAAAGAGCUCCUCGACUUUUACGAGAGGAAAAGCAUCAAGAAGGGGAUAAAGACCGCCGACGCGAUCUUGAAGAAGUUCCCCGAGCAUGGUGAAACGCUAUGCAUGAAGGGGCUCUUUCUGACGCACGCGGGGCGGCGCGACGAGGGCAUCGAGCUCGUGCGGAAGGGCGUGCGCCUCGAUCUGACGUCGCACAUCUGCUGGCACGUCUUUGGCAUAAUACAGAAGGGGGAGAAGAACUACGAGGAAGCGCUCAAGUCUUACACGCAGGCGCUCAAGUGCGAUAAGGAGAACCUCAACCUGCUCCGCGAUGCCGCGCAACUGCAGACGCAACUCAGACACUACGAUGCGCUCGUGGAAACCCGCUUGACGAUUGUCCGCACCCGUCCACACCUCCGGCAGCACUGGGUAGCACUUGCGGUCGCGUACCAUCUGAACGGCGACCUUGAGGACGCGAAGAAAACUUUGGAGCACUACGAGCGGUCACUGAAGGAUGUCCCGGAUUACGACGUCGAGCACUCCGAGACCCUGCUGUACCACAUCCGCAUUCUGGAGGUGCUCGGCCAACUCCAGGACGCCCUCAACCUGCUAGACCACAACGCGAAGCAGCGCGCCAUCGUUGAUCGGACAGCGAUCAUGGAGACGCGAGCUAGACUCCUGACCAAGCUCGGCUCGGACGAAGCGGCGAACGCCUGGCGCGCGCUCAUCGAUCACAACCCCGAGAGCUAUGCGUACUAUGCUGGGUACAUCGAGCGUCUCGGUGGCGCGUUAGAACCCGGCUCCUCCCCUGCCCUCAAAACCCUUCAAGAAAUGGCCGAGAUCCACCCACGCGCCAAGGCCCCUCGCCGUCUCGCCCUCGUAGUAGCCUCCGUCGACGGCACCUCCGACGGCGCUUCCUUCGAAGACCUCGCGCACGCAUACGUCGAAGAUGGACUUACGAAGGGCAUCCCAUCCCUCUUCGCCGACCUCAAAGCCUUAUACGGCGACGCGGCGAAGCGCGACAUAAUUGGCAAGAUCGUGGAGGGCGUGCGAAGUGCCGCAGACCAAGCUCCGAGCGACAGUGAGCCGACGACGUACCUGUGGACGCUGUACUACCUGGCGCAGCACCACUCGUAUCUCGGGCACCACAAGGAGGCGCUGGAGCUGUUGGACAAGGCAGUCGCGCAUACGCCGACGCUGCCGGAACUGUACACCAUCCGUGCGCGGGUGUUGAAGCGCGCGGGCGACCCGUGGGGUGCGGUGCGGGCGGUGGAGGACGCACGGCUGCUGGACGGCCAGGACCGCUUCCUCAACACCAAGAGCGCGAAGUACAGGUUGCGAGCUGGUCUCAGCGAGGAAGCCAGCGCGCUGCUCGGCAUGUUCACCAAGAAAGAUGCGCCCAGUCCGGGCGCGGACCUCGAGGACAUGCAGAGCCUGCUGUACCUCACGGAGCAGGCGAACGCGCACGAGCACGUAGGGCAGCCGAAUUUGGCGCUCAAGCGGUACAUGGCGAUCGCGAAGGUCUUCAACGACAUCGAGGACGACCAGUACGACUUCCACGGGUACUCAAUACGCAAGUUUAUGCUCAAUGCGUACCUGGACAUGCUGAAGUGGGAAGACAACCUGCGAUCACAUCCUGCGUACGUCAACGCCGCCAUCGCUGCUUCGCGAAUAUGGGUCUCCGUCCACGACGAUCCGACACUAGCCAGCUCUGCCGGAUCCGGCAGCCAGAUGACCGACGCGGAGAAGAAGGCAAAAAAGAAGGCCGCCAAAAAGGCCGCCGCUGCGAACAAGCAGGACGACAAGAAGGCGAACGGCAUUGUAGCGAAGGAUCACGAAGACAAGGGCAUCGAGCCUCCCACACCAAAGGACGAUGACCCCGACGGUCUGAAGCUUCUGCGCGCGGAUGACGGGUUGGAAAGGGCCGCCAAGCUCCUGUCACCAUUGUCGACCCUUUGCCCAAACAACAUCGAUGUCUGGAUAGCAAUCUAUGAUGUUGCUGUACGGAGAGGCAAACAUCUCCAAGCCGUCCAGGCCCUCCGGCGCGCCAAGGAGCUCGACGCUGAGCAUCCCGACGUUCACGUCCGCCUCGUCGACGUGCGCCGCCGAAACCCAUCACCACCGGCACCCAUGGGGCCUGUCGUCGCGGAUGCGCUGAAGGAGCUUCUGCCCGAGGAGGUCUCGCUGGAGACGUACAACUCGCAAUACCUGCAGCAGCACUCGACGUCGCCGCGCGCCGUGCUUGCAGCGGCGCGGGCAGCGCAGAUCCUCGGUGCACCGCUAGCGGAGGUGGAGAACACCGCGUUCGCGGCGCUCGGUGCGGAAGUCGAGCUGGGUAUCAAGGACGCCCUCGCCGUACUGGCCUUCUUGCGGCGAAUCAAGUCGGGGCGGGCAGACGAGUUCCGCGCGGCGUGCGACGCCAAGUUCCCGCUAGCAACCGUGUUCAAGACGCCAACCGAGCAGGAGGAGCUGAAGAAGCAGGCCUUGGCGAAGCUGGAUGAUACGCGGGAGGUGGAUGUGGUCGGGUCGUGAACAUGGGUGUAGUGAGCACGCUGGUCGGUGUAGGCGAGCUUGUUGGUGUAGGGGAGCAUGAUGGCGUAGGUGGAUAUUCGCCUUGUAAUGGGUAGAAGUAGACGUGUGUCGGAGCGACGCAGAACAAUGUAUCAGUCUGUCUGGAAAAAUUUGUGAACAUGUGGUGGAC